UACCGGAAAAGAGUCCUCAUAGGUGCGGAUGCAAAGAUGGCGGAAGAGGAGAGCCAGUCUGAGGAAUUUGAGCAAAUAGACUUUUUAAGAGAUAGACAUGUACGAUUCUUCCAGAGAACUCUUCAGGUGUUACCUGAGAGAUACGCCUCACUGGAAACCACCAGGUUAACGAUCAUAUUUUUUGCCCUGUCGGGUCUCGAUGUGCUGGACGCCCUGGAUGUGAUCGAUAGGAAUACUAUGAUUGAGUGGAUCUACUCACUACAGGUUCUGCCCACAGAGGACCAAGCAAACCUUAGUCGUUGUGGUUUUCGUGGAUCGUCACAUAUUGGAAUUCCUUAUAGCACUAAGGGUCCCGGUGUGCUCCACCCGUAUGACAGCGGCCAUGUAGCCAUGACCUACACCGGGCUGUGCUCACUGCUGAUACUCGGGGACGACCUUAGCCGCGUCAACAAACAGGCCUGCAUGGCUGGUCUCAGAGCGCUGCAGCUGGAGGACGGCAGCUUCUACGCGGUGCCAGAAGGAAGUGAAAACGACAUACGGUUUAUCUACUGCGCUGCCAGUAUCUGUUACAUCCUGGAUGACUGGUCGGGCAUGGACAUCCAAAAGGCCAUUGAAUACAUCAGAGGAAGUUUGUCGUACGACAGUGGGUUUGGCCAGGGAGCCGGCCGAGAGUCACAUGGGGGCUGGACGUACUGCGCCAUCGCCUCUCUGUGUCUAAUGGGCCGUCUGGAGGAGGCGCUGAGUCAGCGCGAGCUGGACGGGAUCCGCCGCUGGUGCAUCAUGAGGCAGCAGAGCGGCUUCCACGGUCGCCCCAACAAACCUGUAGACACAUGCUACUCCUUCUGGGUGGGAGCUACGCUAGAGCUCUUAGACGUGUUCCAGUAUACAAACUUUGACAAGAACAGGAGCUUCAUCCUGUCCACGCAGGACCGGUUGGUGGGAGGAUUCGCCAAGUGGCCGGACAGCCAUCCAGACCCUCUCCACGCCUACCUGGGCCUGUGUGGGUUGUCUCUGAUUGGCGAGCCGGGCCUGAGGAAGGUGCACCCGGCUCUUAACAUCACCCAGAGGGCCUUUCAGCACGCCGAGCAGCUGCAGCUGACGUGGAGGGACAACGGCGGCAGCUGCAGCCGACGGCACUGACAGCGGGAAGCUCCGCGGCUUGGUUUCCGACCGGCUUCAGCAGUCGGGGACGUCCGCCGGCAGUCAGUCACUCACGGGCGGUCGGACUUUUGCUGUGUGUCCUCGAGACGUUUGGCCGCCCAUCGAAGAGGCCUUCUAAUUACAGCAAUCAAGAAGGUUUUCAAGUCCCCAGUUACACACCGGUAACUUUAGGGAGUCAAUCGACAGUAACUUUUGUGUUGAGCAAUAUACGCCCCACUUUUUUUUUCUUGCUGCCUUUUUUUAUUUUAAUUUUAUUAUAUGUAGUAAAUAACAUCGUGGUUUGGGGUGAUAAAAUGAUGUGCCAGAAAGUCAAAUUUGAGGCACUGGAGAUGCCUCAGAUGCCUCAAUUUUGCAUAUAUAUAUAUAUAUAUUUUUAAACUAGUAUUACAGCUUGCUGCUCCUACUCAUAGAAAAACUAAAACAAUCUGCUGUACACCUCCCAAGCCGAGGAUGAAAUAUCUGCCUCACAUGGACAUAAGAAAGAGCCUGACUCCCAAAUUGUGUCUUUUUUUUUUUUUUUUAAAUGGUUCUGCAGUAGCUGUGGGCUGGUGCAAUUAUUAAUUAAGUAGAUGCACGUUCACCGAGGCUGAAUGGUGCCCCAGUAAAAUAUAGUGAAUGAGUUACUAAUUCUAAUUCUUUAUUUUUUUUUUUGCAAACCAGCAUGAGCCCAGUGGUCCUUUUUGGUGGUGAAAUUUAAAAGGUUUUCUUUUAUAUUUACCAACCCUGCAUCUUCUGAUCACCCCCCUCCCUUCCCCACGGUCCUCUUCUCCAGUAUUUUCAGCCUCUGUGCCCCUCUAACAUCUCAAUCCUCACGUCGUCUCCAACCUUUUCAGAGCCUCAAGCUCUCGGGUCCCAGGAGUUGCACCACUACAGGCUCUGCUUUGUGCUCCCGAGACGUGUAAAUGAUAAUAGAUCUGUUGGAGUGGAAUUCAAAGAAGAGACAGCCAACAAAUACCCCAACAGGCAAAUCAAUGAUGAGAGAAGAAAAUCAAAAAAACGGUAGAAAAAAAAUUGCAUUGAGUAUUUUUUGAGAGGCCGACGGAGAAAAUGGACCAGUUCUUCAAUGUUCGUACUCCCUGAACCGAUCGGAGCCACCCUCCUUCUCCAGCUUCAUACUCCCCGUGAGGCGCCGGCCAGCCGGAAAUCAAUACGCAUCAUGACUUGGGGGGAGAAUGUAUUCUUUUGAACAGUGCUAGGAAAGAAAGAAAAAACUAGCAGAAUGGGCCUCAGACAGUCGUGUUACACAAACAACGCUCUGAGUCUUAAAUUGCCAUCUUCUGCAGUGGAACAGUCUUCUUGCCAGAUGUUCAUCUCCUCGUCUCCUUUCCCACCAAACUGCCUUUUUUCCCCCCGUUAUUUCAGGCUUGAAAACAGAGUAGGUAAGAAGAAAGGAGAUCGGAGAGGUGGAUAAAUAAAUGAUUUUCACCAUCUAUAAUGUAUGAUGAUCCGUCGGUGGCUGGAGUCUCCUCUUGCCCCCCCCCCCCGUGUUGAGGAGCCUUAUUUUUGUGCAACUGCAUCUAUAUAUUGUUGUUUUGAUGUUGUUGUUUUGCCUAAGUCAUUGAGGUCUGGUGCAGUUACUCUUGGUGACUUUUCUUCUGCCAUUUUUGUUAGUUACCAUCAAAUAUUUAUAAUACUUUUACAGUUGGGAAAAGCAAGCUAUGACUUUUGUCACACAUGCCGAAUUGAGCCUCGGAUACACAAAGAAUAAACCCAACAAAUGAUAAAAAUGGGUGAAUAAAAAGGAUUCCCCGAAUAAUAUUCUGGUAUCAAUGUUUUUGUGUAAUGUGGUAAUGAUGUGUCCUGAAUCUCCUUGGUUAUGAUACACUGAAGGCCAUGUCUCAAAUGCUUCUUCCCAAGUGAGAAGUUUCAACUGCUGUGCUUCCUCCUCCUCUGUGGCCGCGUCACGUGGCAAAGCCGCAGUCUCAAAGGCCACUCUGAAAUGUGCGUCGUAUGAAUCACCGCUUUCUGAGUGCUCCCUCCUUCCCUUUUUGGAUUUUGCUACACGUACAGCGCGCUUAAAUCGGGCUUAGCUCGGCCGUACUUGAGCAAAAGGGCAUUUCAAAUCCUAGGAAAUGGAAACCUGCUCUUCACUUAUUCAAUCAGCUAUAAGCCGGAGGGAGGGGGCAGGAGUGAGGGGGGGGGGGGCGUUUCAUCAGUCGCGUCUUGUGUAUUCCCACAAGGUUCAGUAAAUGCUUAGCAGACUUAAAAACAAAAAAAGUGCCGGAUGAUUUGCCACUUAUUGCGUCUCAACAACUGUUAUAUUGUGUCUGCUUUUCUGCUACGUCACCGUGCACCCGAUGCCCUCCGUCCCGCAGCGGGCGGAGGCCUUUUCUCUCUUUGUUUCGAAAAGGCCGCAGUGAAAGCCGCAUUCGGACUGUGGCGACAGACGUUUGAGAUGCAGCCAAACUGGCCACACGGAGUCCGCCGUGAACCCUCAAUCCAUCGACUAAUAUCAAUAAUGUCACACUAAAUGUAAUGGAAUUUAUUUUUUGUAUGCUUUGUAGAGCGAUUAGUGUAGAUAAAUAUGUAAAUGUCUAUAAAUAUCUGACUUCUAUUUUGCAAGUGCUCAAGAUGAAACAAUGUUUACAGUGACAUCAGUGAGACGGGGAGAGGAGUUGGAUAUGCAAAUGUAAUGUGACGCGCUCUCCUACUUCAACUUGGAAUUUGAGGACAAUAAUUUGGAUCCAGCUCGGCGGUGCAAACUGUAUUUAUGAUCAAUAAAAACACGUACUAACUUUUA